AGAGGGCGGAGGCGCGAAGGAUUCGCUUACGUCACUGGCAGCGAUGGCAUGUCAAAACCUCUGUAAAUCAAGUAUGGCUAUAAGACUUGGCAGGGCUAGCGAUUCUCUUUCCCGGAUUUGCACUUCUCACCGUCAUCCUCUUCAUCCUCGUCAUGCUUCACCGUCCUUCUCCUCUCAUCUUCUUUCUUCCUUAUCCUCUUCAUCUUCUUGCCUCCUCAAAGCCUACGCUGUAUCCUCUACAUUUCCUUUAACAGGUACAAGGAGGACUUUCCUCUGGUUCCUGCAGCAACAUCCACACCAGCACCGUAGCUUGCUCUGGUGCUCGAAUUACAGUAAUGCUACAAAUGCCUCUGUCGAUACUGUUGCUGAGGGCUUGGGCAAAAGGUACUUGGAAUUGACGGACGAAGAACUCUUGCGGCAGUGCGACAUGGAUACCUUCAAGUCUUCUGGUCCAGGUGGUCAGCACCGGAACAAGCGCGAGUCUGCGGUUCGCCUCAAGCACAUUCCCACUGGUAUUAUUGCUCAGGCUGCUGAGGAUCGAUCACAGCACAAGAAUCGUGCAUCCGCCUUAACUCGCCUCCGUGCUCUGAUAGCUCUUAAAGUCAGGAGCACUGUGGAUCUCGAUGCUUAUUUACCGCCUCAAGAGCUUCUGCAAAUACUUCCUGCUAAGUCAUCCAUUAGAGGAUCGGAUUGUGGUCCUCGAAUUGGACCAAACAACCCUAAAUUUGUUUUGGGAAUGCAAGCUCUAUUGGAUCUCAUUUUUGCAGUCGGGGGCUCUAUCUCCGAAGCUGCAAAAUUUCUCGGAUUAAGCACAGGAGCACUGUCCCGGUUGAUCCUCUCGGAUGAUUCUCUUAGAAUGGCAGUAAAUGAGCUGAGGGCAUCAAGGGUAAAUUUAGUGAUGGCUUAUCUUCAGAAUAUGGCAGGUAUGAAGCCUCUUAAGUAGGAGUUCUCAAAUUGUUAUUAUAGACGCAGUUACCAGGUUGUCGGGUGGUACAAGGAGAUCAAUGGGAGGAAACCAAAAAGUUGAGAACCUGAUGGCCGGCUAAUUGUUGACUGAUACAGAAUCAGUGCCAUGAUAAUUCAAAUGGUCUCAACAAUUGCAUGUUCUGCAUAAUUUGAGAUGGCUGUCAUUAUCCUCCAAACAAGCCUUGAAAAACUCGAACUGGAAGGCUUUGAGCACCAAAUUAGGUGCCUUUUCCUUGCUUAGAAAUUCUUGCCCGGCUUCCUCCGUCAGUCCCAGUUAACCUGGGUGAAGUUCAUAUUGAUGUAUACCCAGAAAAAAAUGGAAUUCAUAUGGAUAAAUAUUACAGUUCUUAUCCCUCAAACAAAGCACAGCCAGUUUUAUUCUCGUAAGUAUGAUUGACGAAUAAUGCAGAUUCCGCCGUA